GCGAAAAUAAAUUGUCCAUGUCUAUCCUCUCCUGAUUUACCAGUCUUGAUCUAGGUCUUUCUUAUAAAAGAAGGCUUAACUCUUUGGUUGACUAACAUUCACCUUUAGGGAAAAGGCUCAAUUUAAGGAAGGCCAGAGAUGACAGCAAGGAACGGUUUUAUGUUCUGUGCCAAAAAUUGGCUACGUUUUCUAGGUUGGAAUUAUUUUUGUAAUACGUUUUCUAGGUUGGAAUUAUUUUUGUAAUAUCAGAAAUUAAUGGAAACAUAAUCUGCAAGAAUUAUAUUGAGCCGUGGCAGAUUUUAGGUUUUACAAAAUGAUCUUUAAACACACUCUAUCAAAGUAUUUACAUUUAAGUAAUACUAAAUUUAAUGAGAAGUCUCUGUUGGCUGUACUAAGAAAAAAAACUGGAUACACAUUUACUAACUGCAAAAAGGCACUGGACUUGCAUAACAAUGAUGUAAAUAAGGCAGAGGUAUGGUUAAAAGAACAAGCUCAGCAAUUAGGCUGGUCUAAGGCAACAAAAUUGGAAGGAAGACAAACCAGUCAGGGUUUGGUUGGGGUGGCUUUAAAUUAUUCUGGCAAGGUUGCAGCAUUAGUUGAAGUAAACUGUGAAACUGACUUUGUUGCACGAAAUAAAGAGUUUGAAAAAUUAGUUGAAGAAGUUGCAAAGACAUGCUUAAAUUACAUAAAACUUGAUUCUGUGGCACACCAAUCCAUUACAAAGGUUAAUUUAGAUACAGAAAGAUUAAAAAAUUUGAAAAGCUUAGAUGGAAAAACUCUAGCUGACAAGUUGGCACUUACAAUUGGAUCUGUUGGAGAAAAUGCUACCCUAAAGAGAGCAGAGUGUGUAAAAGUAAAUGAAGAUAUUUAUUUAUCGAUGUAUGCCCAUCCAUCUGGAAAAGAAAUCAAUGGUGCUCUGCUUGGUAGAGUUGCAGGACUUGUAGCAUUUAGAAGUGUGGGGAAGAAUGAAAAAGAUUUUACAGAAGUUGGAAAAAAUAUUUGUCAGCACAUAGUCGGCAUGGCACCAAAACGUAUUGGUAAUGUUGAAGAGCCUAGUAAAGAAGACGAGAAAGAUUUAGUCCACCAAGAAUAUUUACUUGAUGAUUCAUUAACCGUGAAGGAUGUGUUACGAGAAAACUCUAUUGAAUUAAUUUAUUUUACAAGAUUUGAAUGCGGGGAAGGCGCAAAUGUAGUUGGUGAUCAGCUUUUAGAUUUUGUUGAAACAUGUCAAUAAUAA